AUGGACGUGGACGAGGACGUGGACGAGGACGUGGACGUGGACGUGGACGUGGACGUGGACGUGGACAUGGACGUGGACGUGGACAUGGACGUGGACGUGGACGUGGACGUGGACGUGUACGUGUACGUGUACGUGGACGUGGACGUGGACGUGGACGUGGACGUGGACGUGGUCGUAGACGUGGACGUGGACGUGGACUUGGACGUGGACAUGGACGUGGACGUGGACGUGGACGUGGACGUGUACGUGGACAUGAACGUGGACGUGGACGUGACGUGGACGUGGACGUGGACAUGGACGUGGACAUGGUCAUGGACGUGGACGUGGACGUGGACGUGGACGUUGGACGUGGACGUGGACAUGGACGUGGACGUGGACGUGGACGUGGACGUCGACAUGGACGUGGACUUGGACGUGGACAUGGACGUGGACGUAGAAAUGGACAUGGACGUAGACGUGGACAUGGACGUGGACGUAGACGUGGACGUGGACGUGGACGUGGACGUGGACGUGGACAUGGAGGUGGACAUGGAGGUGGACAUGGAGGUGGACGUGGAGGUGGACGAGGACGUGGACGUGGACGUGGACAUGGACGUGGACGUGGACAUGGACGUGGACGUGGACGUGGACGUGGACGUGGACGUGGACGUGUACGUGGACGUGGACGUGGACGUGGACGUGGACGUGGACGUGGUCGUGGACGUGGACGUGGACGUGGACUUGGACGUGGACGUGGACGUGGACGUGGACGUGGACGUGUACGUGGACAUGAACGUGGACGUGGACGUGUACGUGGACAUGAACGUGGACGGGACGUGGACGUGGACGUGGACGUGGACAUGGACGUGGACGUGGGACAUGGUCAUGGACGGUGGACGUGGACGUGGACGUGGACGUGUACGUGGACAUGAACGUGGACGUGGACCGUGGACGUGA